UCUAACAAACAGCUAUGGGUGAUAAAAUUAUGGUAAACGGCUAACACCGGCUGACUGAAUGCUGCUCAGUGAAAUUGUCAGAAGUUGGCUAGUUCCGAGCUAGCUCCUACGUAGUUAGCUAACGGGUACAAGUGGAGACAAGACUGCUAUUUUAUUGGACCGUCUGAAAGCCUGCUGAGGAUUGUGGUCAAGAACCGAAAACAUCACGUCUGCUUAACGUCCCUGAGCGUCCAGAGGCUUCCUCUUUUUAUUGGACGACUUUAAGAUACAUUUAAAAUGGACCUGUUUGAUAAUAACAGCACAGCAGAGCGAGCUAACCUGCCAAGGAACAUGAUUGAGAACAGCAUGUUUGAAGAAGAGCCUGAUGUUGUGGAUUUAGCCAAAGACUCCUCUACAUUUCCAACAUUUCCUCCUCUUGACCCCGAUGAAGUGGCCUAUGAGCCUCGUAGCUCACGAUUAUUAGUGCGUGGCCUGGGAGAAAAUGACAUGGAUGAUGAAGAAGAGGACUGUGAGUCUUCAGCUCGUCUUCUGGGCAUGUCUUUUAUGAAUCGCAGCUCAGCUCACAGAUCCAGCUCCUCCCCUUACACCCGACAGUCUCCUCCGAGGUCAUGUUUUCCCUCAGCCCGGGCCUUGGUUGUUUGUGUGUUAAUCCUUGUGAUAACUGUCUCUAUGACCAUGGUUCUCUACUUCUUACCUGGCUGCACUUUUACCAAGGCAGGUUGCCCUAAGCCAAAUCAGACUGACGAUGAUGAGUUUCCAUGGGCAAAGUUCAGACUGCCUCGCAGCAUACAUCCCCUCAGCUAUGAGCUCACCUUGACCCCUGACCUCGACAAGAUGACCUUCACUGGCAGAGCUGUCAUCAACAUGAGUGUGCUUCACAACACAAAGCGAAUUGUCCUUCAUGCUGCUAAUCUCAGCAUUUCCAAAGCCACGUUCAAGCUGGGUGAUGGGCAGACCGUUGAUGUGACUGUGCUGGAGCGAAACAGCCAACAGCAGAUAGCUGUUAAAUUUGAAGCGGAGCUGAAAGCAGACCAGCUCUGUGUUUUGACCCUGGAUUACUCUGCUAACUUUUCAAAUGCCUAUGAUGGUUUCUACAACAGCUCAUACACUGAUAAGGAUGGAGAGAAAAGGGUCCUUGCAGCAACACAGUUUGAGCCGCUGUCAGCCAGAAAGGCCUUCCCUUGUUUUGACGAGCCAAAUUUCAAAUCCACUUUCCUGAUAAAAAUCAACAGAAAACCAAACUACAUGACUCUUUCCAACAUGCCUAAGGCCAAAACUACAAAUCUGUCCAAUGGACUGGUUCAGGACGAGUUUGAAAAUACUAAUGUCAACAUGAGCACAUAUCUGGUGGCCUUCAUUGUGGCUGAUUUCACCUCUGUCAGCAUGGAUGAUUCAGGGAUCAAUGUGUCUGUUUAUUCUGUGCCAGAGAAAAUGGAGCACACUAAGUAUGCUUUGGAAACUGCUUCUAAACUGCUGAAGUUUUACAACAGUUUCUUUGAAAUUGUCUACCCCUUAAAGAAACUGGACUUGGUAGCGAUACCGGACUUCCUGGCAGGAGCCAUGGAGAACUGGGGGCUCAUCACUUUUCGGGAGACCACCCUGCUUGUGGGCAAAGAAUCCUCCCCUGUAGAUAAACAAAUAGUCGCUUCUGUCAUAGCACAUGAGCUCGCACAUCAGUGGUUUGGAAACUUGGUCACUAUGAGUUGGUGGAAUGAUCUGUGGCUUAAUGAAGGCUUUGCGACCUACAUGCAGUACAUGUCACUUCAGGCUGUUAUGCCCGAGCUUGACAUCGGUAAUUUGUUCCUGGAUAUGCGGUUCAGAGUUAUGGACAAAGAUGCACUGAACUCCUCCCAUGCUGUUUCGACAGAAGUUAAUACACCUGAACAAGUGGAAGAGAUGUUUGACUCAGUCUCCUAUGAAAAGGGUGCAUCUAUCCUACUGAUGCUGAAUACUUCCCUGCCAGGGGAUCAGCAGUUCAGAAAGGGCAUCAUUCGAUACCUAAACCAGUUUAGUGGAUCAAAUACAGAGACUGUUGACCUCUGGAACAGCCUCACGCAGUUCUCCCCACAACACCAGAAUAUAUCAGAGAUGAUGAGUUCAUGGACAUCUCAGAAAGGUUUCCCACUGGUCACUGUCAGCCGUAAAGGGGAUCAGGUAACCCUCUCACAGGAGCCCUUCCUGCUCACCUCUGACAACACAGCGCACAAUUCCAGCUUGUGGAAUAUACCCAUCACGUAUGUAAAUGACAGCUGUGGUUUGGCCCCCGAGUGCAGACAGGUGUUCACUCUGGUGUCCAAGACGGGAACUCUGACUGUGUCAAAAAGUGUGAAGUGGCUGAAGUUAAACUACAGGAGCACAGGCUUCUACAUUGUCGACUACGGAGAAGAGGGAUGGAGUGCUCUCACUGAUGCUUUGUCCACAAAUAUCAGUGUUCUGACACCUGAAGAUCGAGCCUCACUCAUACACAAUGUUUUUGCCCUCUCCAGACUGGGACGUGUUUCCUUCCAUCAAGCCAUCAACCUCUUGAACUACAUGUCCAGUGAAACUGAGACUUCCCCAGUGACAGAAGCUCUGCUUCAGCUCAACCACAUCUACAGGCUGCUUGAUAAAAGACAGGAGUUUGACCUUGUAGCUCGCAUGAAGGCUUGCAUUAAGAGACAUUUCGGUUCUCUAAUGAACUCGCAAACGUGGGAAGAGAAGCAAAGUGUGUCCGAACAGGAGCUGCGUUCAGCUCUUCUCAUGACAGCCUGUAACCUGAAGGAAGAUAACUGUAUUCGACAAGCCAAAGACCUGCUCAAACAAUACGUCGACUCCAACGGCACUUUCAGGAUUCCAGGCGAUCUGCAGAGAGUCGUUUUUGCAGUGGCUGCUCAGUCAGAUGAAGACUGGUCAACUUUGUUUGGCUUGUACACAAAUGCCAUCUACGAUGCAGAAAAACGUAAAAUGCUUCAGGGCCUCGCAUCCACUCGGCUCCCACACCGUGUUGCUUGGAUUCUCAAGGAAGGUCUGAAAGGGAAAUUCAUUCAGACACAGGAGUUACCUCUGAUCAUCAGAAUGGUGUGUCAGAACUUUGCUGGCUAUUUGUUUGCCUGGGAUUUUAUACAAGUGAACUGGGACCGCCUCAUAGAGAAGUUUCCUGUUGGCUCUUAUGCUAUCCAGAGCAUCAUUAAAUCUACUACCUCUCAGUUCUCCACAAAGGCGCACCUUGAUCAGGUGCAGGCCUUCUUCUCCAGUCUGAAGGAACGAGGCUCCCAGAUGAGGAGCGUCCAAGAAGCUCUGGAAACCAUCAGGCUGAACCAACGCUGGGUGGAUGAAAACUUGUCUACAUUGAAACAAAGUCUCUAG